AUGGAAUUGAGACCGUGUAAAGAAGGCAUACAGCCAAAGCUCGCUGCAGGUAAUAAGUGUUUCGAUCUUCCAUCAGACUACUUCCAGCAGCUACCAAGUGAUCUUCGUCUCGAUUUAAAUGAUGCUGCCUUUGAUCUCUCCAAUGGACCCAUCAUCGAUGAGUGUGGUCAAGAGCUUGGGGAGACCUUGCUCAAUCUCUCCCGUGCUUGGGAACAAGCUGACACAUCAACUUCUCGUACUUUAGUGAAGAAACUUCCUGAACUGGAAACUUCAUUAACAGGUGGUGCCAAAUCAGCCUUUGGGAGGCGUCUGGUAUCUGCCGGAAAAAGGUUCAAGGGCAUGGGACAGUAUGGUCAAGGUGAAUUACAGAAGAUUGCUAAAGCGAUGAUUACAACUGGAGAGGUCCUGUCUGCAAAUACAUCACCUGCUUCAGUCGGUAAUGAAUCCAUGUCAAACACGAGGAUGUUUAAGUUCGGAGAGCUUCAGGUUGCUGUGAGUCCAGAGAAAGCAUACGCCGGAGCAGCCAUUGCAUUUGUGUUUGGGAUACUUUCAUGGCAAAUCAGUCAGGGAAUCCAAAGCAUACCGGAUAACUCAUUGCAGUAUGCAAAUGAGAAUGCAUUGCUACUCACAAAGUCUCUAAGAGGGGUCUCUUCUAGCUAUGUUUUAUGCGUCAGCCGUCUUGUCAGGCUUCACAACAGCUGGCCUCCUCCUUCUCGCUAA